CUGGAAUAUGGCUGGAAACAUUUUGCUGUAUCGGAAGGUGCAACCCAGUUCUCUGAACAAAUUUCAGAAACUUAUUCGAACUAUCUCAGAACCAGCAACUAGUCAGAGGAAUACUUCAAUAGUGAUACAGCAAUUUAGACAUCUGAUCAAGAAUGGCACCCUGACAUUUCACUACAGAAUGGUGGACAUUUCGGAUAACCCAUUCGCCGUGCUGAGUAGAAAAAACAUAGAACCACAAAAUAUAGAGAGCGAUACUGCUGCAUGGAAGAUGAAAAGGCCACAACAGCUUGGAAAGCUAAUCAAGAACGUGACGUUAAAGUCCCUAGCCUACAAUGAUAUAACAGGAUACUUAACACAGAUAAUGAUGUUUGCUCGUUCCUCGCCCAACAUUCGAACAGCUGAUAUAGACUAUCUCCAGAUCUACUUCGCUUCGGAUUUUACACCAAAAUUGGAUUGGGAACAACACAUUGGAUCGAAUUGGCGGCAAUUAAAAAAUUUAACAUUGAGAUCUUACGAGUGCUAUAAGUGUUCCAUACCUCCAUUAUCCAGCAUGGAGAGCCUACUGAAUCACUUGUACAAGCUGGACACCUUAGAAUGGACUGAUUUUUUGUAUCACUUGCCUCACCCAGUACCCAACAUGAAAAAUUUACAAGUACUGAAAGUGGACGUGUCUGACAAGUCCUCCUAUCAAAACUUAAAGGAGCUUUUGCAAAGCUGCCGAAAUACGUUACGCUCACUAUCAAUACGAUGGUGUAUAACUGCUACUACCGAUCAUGAUCCGUUGGACUUAGAGGAUCUGAUUAGAGAACUUCCAAAACUGAAGGACUUCGCUUUAUCAUACGGUUAUGAGCAUAUAUUUACGAUUAGCAGCUUUGGAGAACAAUUAGAAACCCUGACGCUGAUCUCGUCGUCGGUGGAAGGCGAUAGUCAGGUGCAUGAGAUAGUGGGGAAUGCAGUUAGCAAGACCAGUCAUCUCAAACGCUUAGAAAUACGCUACUGUAAGCACAUUGAAAAGUACAUGCACGCCAUCCUAGCAAACAACAAAUCAACUCUGCAAAGCAUAUUUAUUGCUAGUAGAAAUGCUACUGAGGUGGUUUCAAACCUACAAGUCAACGAUACUCGUACAGCCAAUAUCACAACACUUGGAUUUCAUUUCAUUCAGGACAACUUGCAGCUGCGGGAGCUGGCAAAAAUAUUCCCUCAAGUAGAGUGGUUAAGUUUGCCAGAUUUCAGCUUCUCAGGGUCAAAACGCUGGAUUGAUAGUGAGAGCAUAUUCCAAUUUCGUCAUUUGAAAGGAAUCGACUGGCGUACAUUUGCACAACUCGUUGAUCAAUAUAAAUUGCAUCCUAUGAAAGUUCAAACAGAGUGGUGGCACCAAUUCUAAGCACAAUUCUACCUCGUUACCGUCUCCAUGUACCUGAACACAAUCAAUUGUACUUUUUAGAACAAAAAAUAAAUGGGAAAUUUUCUUAGCCUGAAA